GUCAAACAAGAGUGUGACCUUUCCAUCAUUGGGAUAAUUACUGAUGUUAAACAACAUAUAGCUGAAUUUCACUUAAGUUAAUUCACACGUAACCAGUCGGAACUAAACAGGAUUUUGGGUUCUAUGAGCCUAUUGAUUCGAAGUCCAUCUACAAGUUGUCUUCAUUUUCGAUUCUUGAUUUUUUAAUUCUACACCGGGCCGGCAAUAAUUCUUAUUUCCUUUUGUAUAAUGAACUCUUGAAGCUAAAACUAUAUGGAGUUUUCUUCAUAAUGGCAUUCGAAAUUAUAUUUUGCAUUUGUGUAGUGUUUACAAGUUUAGACGACCACCUCUUUGUGUUACAGAUAAUUUACAAAUGUAAGGCCCUAAAAGAAAAACUCAAAGAAGACGAGUGCAUGAGUUAGUUUUUCACCAAACUCUGUUUAAAUAACUUGGACAGAUUGUCCCACUACCAUUUUUUUCAAGUAUCUUAUCAAACCUGAAAAUUUUACACAAUACUUCUUUGGCUCUUCAAAAGUCUCGACUUUUGUGAUGUAAAGAGGUGAAAGGAAUGCAUUAUGUAAAACUGUGUUGGGUUUGUUAUAACAAAAUGUAUAUCAAUAGCUUCAAGGGACUGUAAAGAAUACCAGUUUAAAUAAUUAUAUCAGCAGUUAAUUUUGCAUCUUCUGGACCAUCUCAUAUGAGUAUCACACUUUGAUUAAUCUGAAUAAAAAAGCAAUCGCAGAUAAGGAAACUAUUUGUAAACGAAAAAAGGAUAAUCCAUGACGCCGCCAGAUAAAUUUCCUUUUCCCAAAUGUAUUAGUAUUACUUGCUUUGUAAGUUGUAACUAGGAAAAUAAGAACCUAGCUAGUAUAAAUACACAUCGUUACACCACAGAUCUCAACACAUUCUCUCAUUCUCCAGAUAUCACAGACAGAGUAAUAUCCAUUCGGUAGAAUCAGCUAGCGUACUAAUACAAUGGCAAACAACAAUCCCUUUUCCAUGUCAACAAUGCUCAAAUCUUUACAAGAUCUCCGUUCCGCCACAGAGAAGGAUCCGGCGGUUCCUCCUCCGCCACAUGGCGUCACCCCCGCUCCUCCUCCGCCAUAUGGCCUCACCGCCGCUCCUCCUCCGGGAUAUGGCGUCACCCCCGCUCCUCCUCCGCCAUAUGGCGUCGCCCUCGCUCCUCCUCCGGGAUAUGGCGUCGCCCUCGCUCCUCCUCCGGGAUAUGGCGUCGCCCCCGCUCCUCCUCCGCCAUAUGGCGUCGCCCCCGCUCCUCCUCCACCAUAUGGCGUCACCCUCCCUCCUCCUCCCCCAUAUGGCGUCGCCCUCUCUCCUCCUCCGCCAUAUGGCGUCGCCCCCGCUCCUCCUCCGCCAUAUGGCGUCGCCCACGCUCCUCCUCCGGGAUACGCCCCACCGUUCCAGCCAUGUGCUUGCGGAUUAUGCGAUGAGUCGCCUUUGCAGUGGAUGUUCAACUUAAUGACUAGGAGCGAAGAAGAAGAUGCUGCGUAUCCGUUUAAAGUGUUUAUCUCGAACCUAGACAGAAGGGAGCUUCUAGGGGUGGCGUCUCUGCUGACGUCAGAUCCCGACUACUUCUUGGAGAUCGCAAGAAACAAGAACGGCUCCAACCGCCUUCAGAAACUCGUCGGAAAAUCAGAUGACGUGGACAACCUAAUCUGCGACGCUAUCUUGUACCGCUUCCUCCACGUCAUGACGGACAAGCACGCGUCCUACGUGGCGACGCGGGGGCUACGAGUGUUCGCCGGGAAGAAGAAAGAGUUCAUGUGCGAGGAACUUAUCCACCACGCGCUUCUCCUUGCGCGUGACCGACACGGCUGCGUCGCACUCAACGCGAUGUUAACCGACUUGGACCAUCCUUACUACAGAAACCAGCUGCUGGACAUAGUCGCGCACAACGCUCUCCCGCUAAGCAACGACACUUCAGGCAACUUUGUGGUGCAGCACGUGCUUAAACUGAACAAUCCGCGAACCAUGGGCAACGUGGCUCUCAGCCUACGUGGCCACUGUAUUGAUCUUUCGUUUAAGAAGUAUGGAAGCUACAUAGUGGAGCGGCUUUUGGAGGCGGACGAGUCGGUGGCUGUGGUGGUGAUGGAGCUUGUGGAGAGCAAUGGAGACAGGUUGAUGAGGCUGACGAGGAGUGAGUAUGGGAAUUACGUGGUGAACAAGGCACUGAAAGUCACGCAGAGGAGGAAGACUAGGGUUGAUCUGUUUCGAGGUUUGGUGCAGAAGCUCAUGCCUUUUCUCACGUUCUUGCGCAAAUCUCGUGGAAACAACAUUGCAGUGUUCUUGGAGUCGGUUCAUCAAACUGAAGUCGCUUAGUUUUUGUCUUAAAGUAGUUAACGAAAUCUAGUAGAUGUUUUUCUGUUUCCUUUGGG